AAUCUUGAUCGCGUUUGUAUAAAGGCAGCUCAAUGCCUCGUGCUCCAUCCACUCUAAAACCUUUUUAUCCCGAGAAACUUUUUGUUCGUUUCUUCUUCCAUCCGAGAAAAAUCUCGGACAAAAAAAAAAUCCUCUUCUCAUUCAUUUUAAUAGAGUGAGUCUGUUCAGCUUCUCCCCCUCUCUCUCCCUCUAUUCAGUUUUCUUCUUGAAUUUUUUGCUCUGUUUCUGUCUUUUCUUUUUUUUCGUUUGGCUGAAGAAGAAACUAAGGAGUCCAUAUUUAUAUACAAAAUGGGAGUGAAAGUAGCAACAACCUCAACCUUUCAUCAAUGGGUAGCUCAUCCCAUUGUUCAUCAUUCAUCUUCCCUUUCUCAAACCCUAGCUUCCUCCUCCUCCUCCUCCUCUGCCGUUUCAAGACGACGCAGCAUCGCAAACGACGGACGCUCUCUCUCCUGUCGUUCCGUGAUGCAUCCUUCUUCUUCUUCUUCUUCUUCUCCUCUCUUCUUCGGCACUCCUUCAACGACUAAUAAAACUCAGUUGAUCCGCAGAGCUUUUAGCGCAGACGUCGAUCCGUUUUCUGAGGAGGAGUUUUCGAGAAAGAUGCAAGAGCUUGCUCUCAAAUUCCAAGUCUCUAACGAGGAGGAUGACAACAACGAAUCACAUAGUACGAGCAUUGACCUCCUAGGUGGCCAUGAUCAUUUCAGAUCAUCAGAUUCAAUGGAACAGCCAUGGCCAGAGAUGGUGCAAAUGUCAAGCAUCGAGAGGAAAGCAAACAGCGUUGAGCUUCCUCUUUCUCUUCGGGUCAUUAAGAGAAAGCUACAGAUGGAAGAAGGACUUAUCAAACAAGUCGGCGACUCAGCUUGUUGCUCUGUCAAGAAAGCUUUCUCUUCCAUGGUGUUUAUGAUUAGAGAGCUUCAGAGCUUCACGUUACACAUGAGAGAGCUUCUUCUCUUUGAGGAUUUACAAGGGAUCCUCCAACGUGUGAGAAAAGAGAUGCAAGCAUCGUUCGUUUGGUUGUUUCAACAAGUCUUCUCUGCUACUCCUACUUUGAUGGUCUCUGUUAUGAUCCUCCUCGCAAAUUUCACGGUUUACUCUAUUGAGAGCAACUCUGCUUUAGCCGCAUCGGUUAGUCCUCCGAUGACCACUGUCUCUUUUAGCUUCGAGACGACGGAGGUUGGUGAGAUUCAGGAGACAAACCAGAACAAGUUUGAUUCUUCCAUGGUGAAAACAUUCUCUGUUUCAUCUCCCUACGGAAAAACAUCUUUCGUAGGUGGCGGCGGUGGGAACAACAUCCCACCGCCGGUACAAAGCGGAACAGAGGGGGAUGGAUCUGAUCAGUUCAGGAAAUCUCAGUUAUCAUCUUCAUCUCUCGGUGCAACGAGUGCGGACUCGGAUGUAUCUGUGUCAGGGCAAGAAGAGAUUAAACUGUGGAACUCUAUUUUGGAGGAAACGGAGAAAAUGGAAGCGUUGGAUCACGAGACGAUGAAGGGGAUGGUUUCUCCCGUGGAGGCUCGGUUAGAAGCAGAGGAGUCCAUGGAUUACUUCAAGACGGAGCUUCUUUACCAAACGGGGUUGUCUCAAGAGCCUGAGAACGUUCUCCUUCUUGCUAAUUACGCACAGUUUCUCUACUUAAUCAUCCAUGACUACGACAG